CAAUGUUUCCUUUUGCCUUGUGUGGCUUUGUUGUGUGUCUCCUUGUGGUUUCACAUUAAUAAGUUGUUUCCAUAUUAAAGCGUACUUUAAUUUAGUUUGAAAGUCAAACUGAUUAAUGGCGCUUUAUGUUCCAGUUCUCUGGGUUCUACUGCCAUUGUGGGUCCCUGGCUUCUACGCCAAAUCCAGCAGUCACCUCAAUGAAUGCAAGAAAACCUUCAACUUGCCGGUUCUGGAGGUUCUGCCAGGUGGUGGCUGGGACAACCUGCGCAACACUGAUGCCGGUCAGGUGAUAAAGAUGGACUACUCCCAGUGCCAGACCACAGAUGAUGGAGCCUAUCUCCUGCCUGACCAGGUGUUCACAGUGUCACUGAAGUCCAGCGAGGUGGAGAUCAACUCUGACAUUCUGGACAGUUGGCAAGACUACAAGAGCUCCACAGCAUAUACUAUAAACAUGGACACUUCUGGAUUUUCAAUUCUCAACGGCAAAUUUUCAGUGGAGGACGAGAGGCUGAAAGAGCACCAAGUGAAUGACAAUUCUGUCACCAGUAGGAUACAGGUACGCAACCUCAUCUACACUGUGAAAAACCAUCCCAGCUUCACUCUGGACCCUGUCUUCAGAAGUCAUGUGUUUGACAUUGCCAACGCCCUUGAGAACAAUAAUACGCAUUUGGCUAACUUCCUCUCCGAGACCCUGAUUCUAGACUAUGGUACCCAUGUCCUCACUUCGGUUGAUGCGGGUGCCACUUUGGUACAGGAAGACUAUCUCCAAACCUGCUAUGUGGCAAACACUGAGCAGGGUUCCCUCACAGCAACAGCUAGUGCAUCCUUCCUCUCAAAAGUGAACUUUGGCUUGAGUAAUACUCACAAAGACCUUCUUCUAGGCAGCUACACUGGCAACACCACCUACUCCCUGAUGAUCAGCCAUGGUGGCAUGCCUUUCUACCCAGGCGUCACUCUGAAAGUAUGGGAGGAUAGCAUCCCUAACAACCUAGUAGCUAUUGACCGCUCCGGAGUCCCACUCUACUUCAUUCUCAAUAAGGACACUCUUCCCGACCUUCCACAGUACACUAUACUGCAGCUUAGUAAUGCUGUGUACCAAGCCUUCCAGAGUUACUACACCAUCAAUACCCACCCUGGUUGCACUGAGCCAGGCUCAGACAACUACAACUACAAGGCCAAUGUGGAUGAUAACUCCUGCAAGGGUACAGCUGGAAAUUUCAGCCUGGGUGGGGUCUUCCAGCAAUGUACCCCUAUUACUCGGGACACAGAAACCAUGAUUCUCUGUCAGAGCCUGAUUCAGGACAACCCCCUGACAGGGGGUUUGUCAUGCAAGGCUCCCUAUAACCCGAUCCUUCUGAGGUCAGAGGUCAGGGAGCAGAGUUCCAGUCAGUAUCAAUGUCAGAGUUUUUGCGCAUGGUAUUGGUAUUGGGGGAUUUGGUGUCGUUCUGCUUGUGCUAAUGUCUAUACUAUACACAGAGUGACUGUCCAGACCUACUGGUGCGCUACAGCUGGCCUCAACCAAACUGGUUCCUCUGGUUUCCUUUUCGGCGGUCUCUUUGGGCCCAACCUGAUAAACCCGGUGACCAAGACCAGGAGCUGCCCUGACACCUUCUAUCCAGCCUUGUUUCUCUCUGAUGGACUGAAGAUCUGCCUGGGCGAUUACAAUAAGAUGAGUUCACGUUACUCUUUACCAUUUGGAGGCCUGUUCAGCUGUGAAGCAGGCAAUCCUUUGAUGAAAGGCCUCUCUCAGUGUCCUGCUGGGUUUAGCCAGUAUUCUGCUGGGGUCAGUGAUGGGUGUAAGGUACUGUUUUGUAGCAGCCCUGGGGCCUUCUCAAGCAGAGACCUGGCACCAAUUCAGCUUCCCCCUUACACCAGCCGACCGGUGUUGGCCCAGAAUGAAACACAAAUGAAUACAGUCUCUAUUGUGGAAGAUGAUGGUCAUUUCUGGGUUAAAGCAGGAGAAAAACAGAUUUGGAAAAAAGUCAGCUCAGAGGAGGCAUGGAAGAUGGUGCAAGAGAACGCUGGUUCAGGAAGCCCAGGGACCAGGGAGAUGCUGCAGGUGUCACUUGUGAUUGUUCUCUCAUUGCUCAUAAUGAUCCUCUAAGGGGUGCCGUGUGAUUACUGAAUCUUUUAACUGUCUUAUUUUAGAAGUAGAAUAUAAUUCAUACGAUUCUUCACUUCUGAUAUCAGUAAUAUCUUUUAAUAAGCAAACACAAUAAAUGCAUAAUCAUUACUUAUGAUGGUCUUCUAGGGAGUGCUGUGUAAUUUUCUAAUCAUUUCACUGUCUCAUUUUUCAAGUAGAGCAUGACACUUUCUGGGUGUCAGUAAUAAUUUUUUAAUAAGUAAACAAUAAAGAUGGAAAAAUGCAUAAUCAUUACUCAUACUGAUCUUCUGGGGGGUGCUGUGUAAUUGCUGAAUCAUAUUACUGUCUUAUUUUUCCAAAUAGAAUAUGAUUCUCAGCUUCUCUCAGUAAUAUCUUUUACUAAGCAAAUACAAUAAAGAUGAAUGAAGCAAAAUAA